AACUUUGAUAAAUAGAUUGAUACCCAACAUCGAUUCUGCUAUUAGUUUUGUUGAAACAUCAUCUUAUGGACCGUCUAGCGUCUUUUACAAAUGAUCCGUUCGAUAAGCCGCCAUGCAGAGGUUGUUCGUCCUAUCUAACUGAGCCGUACAUCAAGUGUGCAGAAUGUGCACCCUCGCCUUUUUUGCUCUGCCUCCAGUGUUUCACCAGAGGAUUUGAGUACAAGAAGCACCAGAGUGAUCACAAAUAUGAAAUCAUGACGUCAGACUUCCCGGUACUGGAGCCUGGAUGGACGGCGCAGGAGGAGAUGGCCCUGCUGGAGGCCGUCAUGGACUGUGGCUUUGGAAACUGGCAGGACGUGGCGUAUCAGAUGCGCACUAAAACCAAAGAGGAGUGCGAGAGCCACUACAUGAAGAAUUUCAUCAAUAACCCGCUCUUCUCCUCCACUUUGCUCAGCCUGCGGAAAACAAAAGACUCUCGCUUUGCAGAGGGUGCUAUUCCUUUCAAACCCACCGACGAUCCCCCCCGGCCCACGUUCGACUCCGUGCUGUCUCGAGACAUGGCUGGAUACAUGCCUGCCAGAGCAGACUUCAUGGAGGAGUUUGACAACUAUGCAGAAUGGGAUUUGAAAGACAUUGACUUUGUGGAUGAUGACUCAGACAUCCUGCGUGCUCUCAAGCUCUCCGUCGUUGAUAUAUAUCAUUCAAGAUUGAAGGAGAGACAACGGAGGAAGAAGAUAAUCCGAGACCAUGGACUCAUCAACCUGCGGAAAUUCCAGAUGCUGGAGCGAUGCUACCCGAAGGAGGUGCAGGAGUUGUAUGAUGUCAUGCGACGAUUUGCCAGAGUGGUUGGACCGAUUGAACACGACAAAUUCAUCGAAAGUCACGCACUGGAGUUUGAGCUGAGGAGAGAGAUCCGCAGGCUGCAGGAGUACAGGAAAGCAGGGAUCAAGUCUUUCUGCAGUGCCAAAGUGUACGAGCGGGUGAAGCGAAUGCGCGAGGACGAGCGGAGGAAGAGGACCAUGCUGUGCGACGUGCUGCAGUACAUCCAGGAUGGCAGAGCCUGUCAGCAGUGGCUCAGCAAACAGGCUGCAAUAGACGCUGGCAUCACUCCAGCUGUCACAACAAUCACAGUGUCAGCAACAGGUAGGCGGAGCGCUCCUCCUCUCAACCUGACGGGACUGCCGGGAACGGAGAAGCUCAACGAGCGGGAGAAAGAGUUGUGUCAGGUGGUGCGUCUGGUGCCGGGGGCCUACCUGGAGUACAAGCAGGCCUUGCUCAACGAGUGCAGGCGGCAGGGCGGGCUGCGGCUGGCUCAGGCCCGAGCGCUCAUCAAGAUUGACGUCAACAAGACAAGAAAGAUCUACGACUUCCUAAUCAAAGAGGGUUACAUCACUAAGGCCUAGGAGCCUUUGAUUUGACCACAGAGGAGGCUGGAUGGUGGUCAGUGGAUGAUUUUAUUUUAAUCUUCUAUGUUUUGUUCAGACUGUUGCUGCUCUUUUGAAGUAUUGUAACGUUUGUUAGGUCUUAUUGUGUUUCAGUUUAGAAAGUAUUAAAAUGAUGUGUUUGUAAACUUCUCUGUCAGAAUAACAGGUGCUUAUACGGAAAUGUAUUUAUUGCUCCUGUCAUGAAAUCUUUAUUAAAAAAGAUUUGGUGUACAUGUUGA